GCAGGGCCCUGUGGGGCCGCUUCUCCUCAGGCCCCGGUGCUGGGGAGGGGGGGACGGGGCCUCUCCGCCGGCAGCCCCGGCGCUGCGGGCUCUCUCUGCUCGCUGAGCACCGCGGGGUUUUCCCCGGGAGGUUUUUGGCCUCUGGUGAGGUCGCAGAGCCCUGAACCCCCCUGUGGAAGCGGCCCUGGCUCCGUGCAAGCUGGAAGUGCUUGCUGCAGGGCUUUGAGGAGAGCUUUGAAGUGUCCGCGGUAGCAUUGCCCUGAGACUGAUGAUACCUGUCUUUCUCUCUCUCUUUCUCUUUUUUUUUUUUUUGUUUUCCUUCCAAAAAAUAGUACCUAAAACACUGGAAAUACUUGAAAGCUUCCUACUGAUAACAGGCUCUUUUGAUGUGUUCCUUAUUGCCUGGUUUACUGACCUAGAGACUUACAUUUAUCACUGGCGUUCUUGCAAGCUAUUCCUGAUACGCUAACUGUGAUAUUUUUUUCUUGCAUUUCAUUCUGUUUGACCAGUGAUGUUUGGCCAGACACUUUUUUUUUUCUGUCUAUGGGCAGCGUCCCAUUUUGGUGUGUUUGUGUGGAGGUGGUGCUGGUGUGUUUUGAUUUAUAAUCCUCGAGGGAAGCGUGCAGGGAGGCUCAUAGAUCUGUGGCAGCGUUUGGUGUUUUUUUUCCUGAGUGUGUGUGUGUUUUGUUUUCCUACAGAGCAAUAUACUUGUUCUUGUUGAAGCCCUUACCCGGUUGGGCAAAGCUGCAAGUUAGGUGCUGGGUACAAGCUUCUGUAAUAAGUUGCUCUUUUACUCUUUUUGUAACAAUAGAGUUCUCAGACAGAUGAAACCAGUUGAAAUACAGUAACAUUAAAAGUCUGUGGAGUAUCCUCUUAUCUUAGCACCAGAGGAAACAAAAGCAUCACUAAAUUCUAACAGAAAUAUUUAUCUAUGCAAUCAUCUUCUUAAAAGACAGCUUUAUUUAAAUCUGUUACUCCUCAGCCACAGGCUUCAACUUGAACCUCUCCUCCGCUGUCCCAGGCGUGGAUGGAGAGCAUGACAGAGUGCUGUAACUCACGUAGACACUCACAGAGGGCACUGAGAGAAAGGAGUAGGAGAAUAUGUGAUAACCCCGUCUCAGCACGGUACAGUUCUAGGUUUGAGUUGUUGCCUUCCUGAAAACUGAGCUGUAUUUUAAAUCUUAACAGUCCCACCGAAAUGACGCACUUUUAGCUAGCCCUUAAGAGCCACAGGCUUACAGAAUAACUUCUGAAAUAUUCUAGCUCUCAAACGCAGUGUUACGUUCUGUGCAAUGCCCAGAGGUGCUGCCCUGUUAAUUGAAGGGUAUUGAUAGACCUCAUAUUGCCACGCCAUAUGGGGGAAAAUGCAGCUCAGUUCUUGUUCAUAAGUUAUAGUUCUGUGGGUUUUUCCCCCUUCCCCAGAACCCUUGAUCUUGAAGAUGGUGAGUAGCCAGCCUAAGUACGAUCUAAUACGGGAGGUUGGUCGUGGCAGUUAUGGUGUGGUGUACGAAGCAGUCGUCAGGAAGACCUCUGCCCGGGUCGCUGUGAAAAAGAUUCGGUGCCAUGCUCCAGAGAACGUGGAACUAGCUCUGCGUGAGUUCUGGGCACUUAGCAGUAUCAAGAGCCAGCAUCCCAACGUCAUUCACCUGGAGGAGUGCAUCUUGCAGAAAGAUGGCAUGGUGCAGAAGAUGUCCCAUGGCUCCAGUUCCUCCCUUUACUUACAGCUUGUAGAGACCUCGUUAAAAGGAGAAAUAGUCUUUGACCCCAGAAGUGCUUAUUACCUAUGGUUUGUAAUGGAUUUCUGUGAUGGAGGAGAUAUGAACGAGUAUCUGUUGUCCCGAAAGCCAAACCGCAAGACCAACACCAGCUUCAUGCUUCAGCUCAGCAGCGCCCUGGCUUUCCUGCACAAAAACCAAAUUAUUCAUCGCGACCUCAAACCUGACAAUAUUCUGAUAUCCCAGAGCAGGAUGGAUGCUAGUGACUUGGAGCCCACCCUGAAAGUGGCUGAUUUUGGGCUCAGCAAGGUAUGUUCGGCCUCAGGACAGAACCCCGAGGAACCAGUCAAUGUCAAUAAGUGUUUUCUAUCAACUGCGUGUGGGACCGACUUCUAUAUGGCCCCCGAGGUCUGGGAAGGACACUACACUGCCAAAGCAGACAUCUUUGCCCUGGGGAUCAUAAUCUGGGCGAUGCUGGAAAGAAUCACGUUCAUAGACACAGAAACAAAGAAAGAACUUCUGGGGAGUUACGUCAAGCAGGGGACAGCGAUCGUGCCUGUUGGGGAGGCGCUUCUAGAGAACCCUAAAAUGGAGCUGCUCAUCCCCGUAAAGAAAAAAUCCAUGAACGCCCGCAUGAAGCAGCUGAUUAAGGAAAUGCUGGCUGCCAACCCUCAGGACCGUCCCGAUGCUUUUGAACUCGAGCUGCGAUUAGUCAACAUAGCUUUUAAAGACAGCAGCUGGGAGACGUGACCCGCCGAGCAGCCCCGUCUCUCGGUAGAGCUGCUGCUGGCCUAACCGAUGGCGAAACUUCGUGGCAGUGAAAGAAAGGAGCCUGACCUCAAACCCGCAGGUUUAGUUCCUUCCGACCGAAUUUUGGGUUUCAUAAACUAUCAGGAUGUGAGCUGGCCGUCGUGUUAGCGCUGCGUCGAUGUGUAUAUUACCGGGUUGUCGUAUGCAAGUGUAAGAUGUGACGGUGUUAUUUGUGUACGUUGGCGGUGGGAUGUCUGAAGAGCUGAGACUUGGUUUCCGGCAGUAUCUCAGAGUAUUUCCUACAUUCCAGUUUCCUACUUCAGUAUUAGGAACUCUCAUGGGAAAGGAGGUUUGCAUGCUGGCAGUGCAAGCCUUCAGGCUUUGUAAAGUAAUCCGGUGUACAUAUUUAUGUCCGUGAGUGACUGGGAGCGUGUGCCUGUGUGUUGCAUUCCAUGGAGAAAUGACACUUAAAUUAUUUGCUGUGGGUCUGAAUGAUUGGGGUCUGCUAGAAAACUGGGUGAGGAAGACGGGUGAGAAGCGUUCCUUCUUCUCCAGUCCUGGAUAACUUUAUUAUUUAUUUUUAUCUAAUGUUAAAGAUAGGGUCUGAGACUUGACUUUGUAGACAAAAAAAAAUACAAUGCAAGGGUAUCAGCAGCUUUAGAAGUGCUGAGGUGGGCGAGUUUAGCACUUCCAGCCUAAUGAGCUCAUCCCUGCGGGA